AUGAAUAAGACACAUGUGGUCCGUAAUACAGCGAGAUUACCGUUUAAUUUCAAAUUUGAAGAGUCCUGUUGGUCAACGGGUGUUGGUUUCCUGAGAUCAGCGUUGGAUGCGGAUUCGCUUCGGUCCGAUCCCUCAAAUUUGACGGUGAUAUUGUAUGAGGAAGAUCAUACUAUUGGCAAUUCCUUGAAACAUAUCUUAUGCAAAAUGCGUGAUGUCGAGUUUUGUGGUUACAAUAUACCCCAUCCUUUGGAGGAUAAAAUCCUAAUUCGUUUGCAAACAAAACGUGGUGUGCGAGCAGCAGAUGUGCUGAUGAAAGGUUUUGAAGAAUUAGAAUGUGUUUUCGGUUCAAUAAGACAAAGAUUCAAUAGUUCUUAUGCAUUACAUACAGCGAAUAAUUGCUGA